AUGUCCUAUCCCCCACCUCCAGGUCUUCCUCCCGCCUCUUCCUCACUACACCCCUCUCUCCCUGCACGCCCACCACCCUCGACACUCCCUCCCCGCCAAUUCCAAAAUGGCGCAUCUCGCCCAUCCAUCCAAGGCUUCGCGCCUCGAUCCGUAGCCUCGGCGCAACCACAACCUUCUUACAACAACUACCCACCACAACAAUCCUAUCCCCAGCAGCAACAACAACAACAAUAUGGCGCCUACCCACCCCAACCCCAAGCCCAGUCCCAAGACGCUUCCUACGGCGCAGCUCCUCAAAUCCGCAAUCCCUUCGCGCCUCCAACCGCUGGCCCAGCUAGACAAACAUAUGAAGAAGACCCUGACAUGGCUGCCCAAAUAGCCCAAUGGCAAUCCGCCUACGCCGCCCCCAUCUCUAGCACUCCUCAAAACUCCACAUCUGGCUACACGGGCCCUGUGCGUCGCGACCCCUCCGCGCCAGGCCAAGCGACCUCCUCAAAUGCCGCUCCAUUAGGCGGGCGAGGAGAAAUGUCCUCUGCAGCCAUGAGUUCCGCCGCAAACGUUGACAGUGGUGUUGCGAACAUCGUCUCGGACAGCAAGGACCCGAGUCAGAAAACCGUAGUGCGCUCAGGAGGAGGAACGACCUGGACUGACGGCUCGCUCCUCGAAUGGGACCCUUCGCACUUCCGACUCUUUGUGGGAAAUCUCGCGGGUGAAGUAACAGAUGAAUCUCUCUACAAGGCGUUCAGCAGAUGGCCUAGUAUCCAGAAGGCGAGGGUGAUUCGGGAUAAGCGGACUACGAAGAGUAAGGGGUAUGGGUUUGUAGCGUUUUCGGAUGGAGAUGAGUUCUUUAGUGCCGCGAGGGAGAUGCAGGGGAAGUAUAUUGGGAGUCAUCCCGUUUUACUGAGGAGGAGCACGACGGAGAUUAAGGCUGUUACACCGAGAGAUAAUAGAAAGGGGAAGGGUAACAAGGGGAAGAACAAUAAGGGGAAGGAUGGGGAUAAGACUGGGAGUGGGGUGCAGAAGCCUGGAAGUAAGACGAAGGGGGGACUCAAGGUUCUAGGAUAA